AGACUCCCCGGCUCCCGGCAGCGGCGGGUCGCGCCGUGGCGCGCGCCGGGUCGUCUCCGAGCGCCGGUGGUUGGGCUCCAAGCCCCAGGGUCCCCCGGCGGUGCGCGAGGCAAGAUGUUGAGGCGCAGCCUGGAAAGCCGGGACGCUCAAACCAGACAACUGCAAGAUGCUGUCACAAAUGUGGAGAAACAUUUUGGAGAGCUGUGCCAAAUCUUUGCUGCUUAUGUGCGGAAAACUGCCAGACUGCGAGACAAAGCAGACCUCCUAGUGAAUGAAAUCAACGUGUAUGCCUCUACAGAGACUCCAAACCUAAAGCAAGGCCUGAAAAACUUUGCUGAUGAGUUUGCCAAACUUCAGGAUUAUCGCCAAGCUGAGGUAGAAAGACUUGAAGCCAAAGUAGUUGAACCUUUGAAAGCUUAUGGAACCAUUGUAAAAAUGAAAAGGGAGGACCUCAAAGCAACAUUAACAGCAAGGAAUCGAGAAGCUAAACAGUUAACUCAGUUAGAAAGAACACGUCAACGAAACCCAUCUGAUCGUCAUGUAAUUUCACAGGCAGAAACUGAAUUACAGAGAGCUACAAUGGAUGCUACCCGAACAACGCGUCAUUUAGAGGAAACUAUUGACAAUUUUGAAAAGCAGAAAAUAAAGGAUAUCAAGAAUAUAUUUUCAGAAUUUAUCACUAUCGAAAUGUUAUUUCAUGGCAAAGCUUUAGAGGUCUACACUGCUGCCUACCAAAAUAUACAAAAGAUUGAUGAGGAUGAAGAUUUAGAGGUUUUCCGAAAUUCUCUGUAUCCACAAGAUUAUUCAUCUCGUUUAGAUAUUGUAAGAGCAAACUCAAAGUCACCUCUUCAGAGAUCACUGUCAGCUAAGUGUGUAUCUGGAACAGGUCAGAUACCCACUUGUCGACUAAAAAAGGAUCAACAAGCAGAUGACGAUGACAAAGAUGAUGAAGACUUAGAUGUUACAGAAGAUGAAAAUUAAGUAAACUCUACAUUUCCAUUUUCAUCUUGAAAAUGACAUGAAAUCCAGUAUUACUAAAUUAUAAAACCUUCAAUUCACUCAACAGGUAAAACCUCAGAAUGAAAUCCUAAGAAAUGAGAAAAAUCAAUUAAAGGAAAUUUAUGACUUAAAAAGUUUUUUAAAAUAUUAUACACCUGAACAUCCUAACCAUCACUUUGUGAUUUUUUUUGUAUUGGCUCCAGUUUAAAGAAAAAAAGAAAGAUUUCAAAAUAUGUCAAAUUAUUUCAUUAUACCUAAAGUUGCAAGUUAUGUAACAAAAGAUCUAACAACUAUUAGCUUCUUUUAGGUUAUGAUUGAUUCCAUGUUUUCAACACCAGUUACUUAACAAAUUGUUCUUCAUCAACCUUUAAGAGCUUUUACUUUUAUACUUUUGGUAAAACCUUAUACUAUUCCAUCACUUGAUAUGUAAAAUCAAACACAAUUGGGCUUCAUUUUAGCUUUCUAAAGUACAUCCAACCUGAUUUUAGUUUUUUACAACACAACUGCUGUUAUGAUAAUGUAACUUGGUAAGCAAGUAGUUGGAAAAUUUUUCAUCCUGGAACAUUAAAAACUUUAAAAAAAAAUGGCCAGGACAUUAAGAUAACAGGUUAUACUUUAUUAAAAAAAAAAAAAAAAAAAGCCAGAUCCUUGCAGUGUAUCUGAUUGCUUUUCUUUCUUUAGGUAAGGAAUACUUUGGUAUAUAAUGGAUCCCAAUUAGGCAUAUAAAAUUAAACAAAUUACUUGGGAUCACUGGAAAAAAAUAUUCACAAUGGUAAAAUAAAGACUUUCUAGAAA